AUGAAGUGGUCGAGUGGCCCUGUGGUGGGUGUUGGCGAUGCAGUUCACCCUGUCUCGCCAUAUGCAGCGUAUGGAAUGGGCAUAGCGCUCGAGAACGGCUCCUUCCUCGCUCGAGCAUUAGAUGGGGUUGAUUUAUGUGCUCAGAGGGCCGCCAAUGCCAGAUUUGAAAUCUACGAGAAAGAGCGAGUCGACUAUGCGAAUCACAAUUUCGAGUUCGCCCCGGUACCUGGGGAGGGUGUUCCAUUCUACUUCCGCGAUUUCUGGCCUAUCUUCGCGAUAUGA